AUUGGUUAGAGGCGGGGAGGGGGAAGUGCGUCCUCCGGUUAACGGUACUCCGGUAAACUUAAUGAAGAAUAAAAACAAAACUGUAUUUGAGAAAGAAUUCCUAAAAUUGUAUUAAAGAUAUAUGGCUGUUCAUUCCUAAAUGUGAAUUAUGGCUGCAAAACGCUAUUUCAUCAAUAAACUGUCUGAUUCAGUUGGAGCAUUAGUAGAAAUUCCAAAAGCUGACAUCAAAAACCUCUGUUUAAAGUAUGUUCAACAUAUAUUUGGUGCACAGACAGUUACAGAUGCUGAUGCUGAUGGUGGACUUUAUGUUGGACUGUCAGGUGUUAGUUACAUGUGUUACUGCUUAUCUCAACAUCCUGAAUUUGCUGAAAAAAAAGAUGAAUUCUUGGAUCGGAGUGAAUACUAUUUGAAGUAUGACCUAGCAGAAACAUGUAAACCUAAAAGUUCAUCUUUAAGUGCUGCUUUUCUACUUGGAAGCUGUGGAGUUUAUGCUGUUGCUGCUGCUCUGAAUAAAACUCUUGGAAAAGAGAAAGAAAGCAACCUUUUUCUUGAAAAAUAUACUUAUCUUGCAGAUGGAUGUUUUGGUCUGGAUUAUUUAGGUUGUGGUUCAGAUGAACUCCUGGUUGGAAGAGCUGGCUAUUUAUCUGGAGUUCUCUUCUUACAAAAAGUGUUUGGAUCUGAGAUACUGCCGGAAGAGAAAAUUAACAAAUUAUGUGCAAUCAUGGUCGAGUCAGGAGUAAAAUAUUCCAAGAUACAUCGAUCUCCUUGUCCCCUCAUGUAUGCCUAUUAUGGCACCGAAUAUUUAGGUGCAGCUCAUGGUUUGUCAGGCAUUCUCCAAAUGUUGUUGUGCUUUCCCAAUUUUUUGCAAAGACAUCCAGAUGCAGAAUCUUUAAUAAAGGAUUCUGUUGAUUGGCUUCUGAGUGUUCAAACUCCAUCUGGUAACUUUCCAUGUGCUGUAGAUGAAGUGGUAAGGCCUCGACCAGAAUCCCAUGAUCUCGUACAUUGGUGCCAUGGAGCUCCUGGUGUUGUAUAUUUGAUGGCUAAAGCUUACUUAAGAUGGAAAGAAGAGAAAUAUCUUCAAUCCUGUCUUGCCUGUGGUGAAAUUGUCUGGAACAAAGGAUUGUUGAAAAAAGGUCCUGGCAUCUGCCAUGGUGUUGCCGGAAAUGCCUAUGUGUUUUUGCUCUUGUAUCGAUUGACAGAUCAUCACAAGCAUCUGCAUCGUGCCAUACAGUUUGCUAACUUUCUUACAAGUGAAGAGUUCAAACGGGCACGUACUCCCGAUAGACCACUUAGCUUAUAUGAAGGACUUUCUGGUACUGCCUGUUUCUUGGCAGAUCUGUUACAACCAGAAAAGGCACAUUUUCCUUUCUUUGAUGUAUUCUAAGUUCACUUGCUUUAAUAAACAUUCUGUGUGUGUGUUUUGUGAAAAA